UCUUCUCUCUCUUUGAUUUGGUUUUGCUACCAAAGCAAGAUAUUGAGAGUUGUAGGCUUGUAGCUAUAGUUUUUAGUCAUUUCUGUCCCCUUUUGAUUAUUAGCAAGGAUGAAGAAUCCACAAUCAUCUUUGCCUCCAGGGUUUAGGUUUCACCCAACAGAUGAGGAGCUUAUCCUUCACUAUUUGAGAAAGAAGCUUGCUUCCACACCCUUUCCAGUGUCCAUCAUAGCCGAUGUUGAUAUCUACAAGUUUGAUCCAUGGGACUUACCAGCUAAAGCUGCUUUUGGUGAGAAAGAGUGGUACUUUUUCAGUCCAAGAGACAGGAAGUACCCAAAUGGUGCUAGACCAAACAGGGCAGCCGCGUCUGGGUAUUGGAAGGCAACUGGGACGGAUAAGGUUAUAGUGACAUCAUCAAUGGUGGCUGGAGUUGGAGGAGGACAAGAAAGCAUUGGUGUGAAGAAGGCUCUCGUGUUCUACAAGGGAAGGCCUCCAAAGGGUGUCAAGACUAAUUGGAUUAUGCAUGAAUAUCGCCUUUCAGAUAGCCCCAGUGGCAACUACAACAGACCAGCAAAGUCCAAAGAUUCUUCCAUGAGGUUAGACGACUGGGUUCUUUGCCGGAUCUACAAGAAGUCACAUGCUUUAUCUUCAGCAUCGACAGCAGCAGUUAGUGAAGAUCAAGAAGAGGAAGAAACAGAGCAGUUUGUUCAAGAUGCCCUUUUACCAAGCCUGAAAAGUCCUCCAAGAAACAUCACUUUAAUCCCCCAGAAGUCCUGCUCCUUCUCCAACUUGCUUGAUGCCAUGGAUUACUCAAUGCUGAGCAGUAUUCUUUCUGACACUCAGUUUAACCUGUCUGGAUAUGAUUCAACUCCAUUAAAAAAUGAGAGUCUUGAGCAGCCCCUCUAUGAGAACUUUGCCAACAACAGCAAUGUUAACAGCAGCCAUUUGCUUCAAAAGCUUCCUCAGCUGAACCCUUCUGUUCCAAAUGCAGAUAACAAACUCAAGCGCCAGCGUUCAAAUGUUGAGGACGACCUACUGCACCCAUCAAAAAAAUUCAUCGCCUCUUGCAGUUACAACAACAGCACCAAUCAACCCGAUUUGACCCAAUACAACUUCCUAAAUCAGUCAUUCUUCAACCAGGGUUUUCUUCUGAGUCCUCAUCUUCAAUUCCAAGGAUAAAACAAAGGUUCUAAUAACCCAAAAAUGAAAAAGAGAUUGGGAGGGUUAAGGAGAAGAAUAAUGUGUAUAGAUGGAAAUAUGUGUAAUUUUUAUUGGUGUGAAACCACAAGCAUGGAUUAGGAAUAUUGAAGUUUGGUAUCAAAGCAGAUAUCAUUCCACAAUCCAAAGUCAAAAGAUGAUUGAAGAAAAAAAGGGCAGGAUGAGGGUUGACAAGAAAUCAUGCAUGAUUUUUGUAGGGGGAAAAUGUAUUGGUUAAAUUGGCAAAAUUGGCAGAUCAGCAGUCAUACUCUGUAGAUCAGAUUAUAAAAUAGUGUGUUGUUU